AAGGAGACAUGGUCCAAAGUGCAGACUACGCUUGAUGAGUUGCUGGGUCCUCAGCUCCUUGAGAACGAGGACCUGCCGAAGCCCUUGACUGACUUAGUCAAGCGAAAUCGGAGGGUUCUGGCUAUGGUGGAGCUGCCUCAGAAAGUGAAGCAGAGGUGUGGGAUCCGGAUAACUGGGGGGAAUCUGCAAUCCAGCUGGAAGGAUGAAACUCGGACAGUGUCGGACAUGCUGAAAGAUCUCGAAUGCUGGUAUCAGUCCGGGCGCAUGCGUCCUCAGCCGGGAUGCCUGAAAGUCCUGGAGGUCUGCUUGCCGGGAACACCCUCCAGCCUCGGCCCUUCUGCUUGCGCGGCGUUCUGUCGCUUUCUCACCGAUGGGCGCGCCGUUCACGUGGCCACCAAACUCGACUUUCCGGAUGAGACGACGAUCCGCAGGAUCGUGGAGCAAAAUUGGUGCGAACCCAGUGUCCAAGGCCAAGGCGUAAAGCCAGAUGUUCAGGUUGCACGUGAUGUGUCCCAUGUUUACCAGAAACUCCAGGCCCAGCCUUGCGCGGGCAACUGCCUUGACAAGCUAGACAACAUGACAGCGUUGCUGACGAGCUGCACUUCAACUCCCUUCCUCGGCAUUGUGUAUGGUGGGAAAUCAGGUGGCAACAAUUGGGGUUACAUGGCGACCAGCUGCAACAACAGCAAGAAAUCAUGGAUCUCCGAGUGUUGCUAUUGCUAUUUGGAGUUAAUGCCUUCCUCAUCGGCUUCACGUGGCCUGAACCGUGAUGCCUUCCGCCAGGGCUGCGAAGACAGUAUACGUCAGUCAAUUACGGCAUUUCCCGACGGAAGCAAGGACUGCUGCAUCGAGCGAGCAUCCUUGAUUGCUAAGACGAUGUCUGAGAAAGCACAAAUGUGCUGUUAUGCAAUCUGCAAGCGCUGCCCAGGGGGGUUCGACCAGUGGGCCUACAAAGGCCCGGAAUGUGGUGGUCACCGCUUCCACGAGUGGCGCGACACGAGUUCGGGCAUCUUUGGGCUGGGCACUGUAAGCCACUGCUUCGUCGUACAGCUUUACUGCGAUGCUGAUGGCUGCCUUGCACGAGGCUUUCGCUUCUUUACAGUGUCAGCACGGUACCAGAUUCAGCAGGGACACUGGCAGCCGGAUGUCUACUUUGGCCUCUGCACUCCUCGACAUUGCGAUGAGGGCCACGUAGAGGUGAGCCUGGCCCCAGCAUACUUGGACUUCCUCCUACGCUUCGAGGGUUUCACCGGGCAGCUGUUCGACCUCGAGGUAGAGGCCUCCGACUUCUCGCUUCGCUGGCCAUCAGCUCACUGGCUCUGGUUGUUGCUGCCGGCCGCGUUUGGCACCGCUUGCGACCUUGUCUCGUGGGGCCCUGGCAAGGACCUCGGGCUCAGGUGCCAAAUCUCCAGGCUUUUCCAGCUUCCUCUUCAAGGCCACUUGGAGGCUGUCUCUGCUUUGAGAGCAGUGGGCACGCUGGCCAUCCUGGGGUACCACGUGUUUUUCUUGAAGCGAGACCUCGCUAAGGUCGCAUCCAUGCCAUGGCUCGCUCGCCGGCUGCAGCACCUGUGCAUCCUCUACAGCUCUGUCUUCUCUGCCAUUUCGGCGCCACUGGCUGAACAAAUGGGGCAGUACAAGGAUUCAGUAUUCCUGAUGAACCGCUCUUUCGAGGAGCAACGCCGCCGUGGUGGGGGUGCUGGGGCAUGGCUCCGCUGGGGUGCUGCCCGACUCUGGCGGAAGGCCCUUCGUCAGGUUCCUCCGCUCCUGUUGGCCUAUGCGAUGUUCCAUCAAGGUCUGCCGCUCCUGCCAUUGGACGUUGCGACACGUGCCUCCCUCGAGGGCAAGAAGCGGCUCUGCUCGAGCUUCGAGGAUUCCUUCAACCCGGAAUGUUGGAACACCUUUGCCAACUGGGCCAUCCUUCGCGAUGCGCAGCUCGAUGUUGCCAUGUCUGUGCUACUAGUUUUUCGGGGGAUCGUCGGCGAUCUUCUGGGCUUGGCGCUGACGGGAGCUCUGCUGGCGGUCGCUCUGCACAGCAUCCUCCAAGAAGACCUGGGUGAUGAGAAUCUUCUUUGGUCGCUGCCGUACCGGCGCCUCCCGGAGACUUUGAGCACCAUGAUCAUGGCAACCUGGCUUCCGUCUCCGCGCUGUCCUGGCUCCUGGACACUGGCUCUGGCAGCUGGCCUCUUGGUGCUUACAGUGCAAUGCGACUGGCUCGUAUCGAGCCAAGAUGAGGUGGCCACUGUGCAGCUCGACGGUCGCAAGCGUGCCAUCGACAUGCAGGCCCGGCUCAUGUUGGUCUUUGGCUGGGCGCCGCUUGGCGCCUCGGUGCUGCUUUUGGCCAAUGCGGAAAGCAAGAUGCUGAAGGUCAUGGCUGGCCAUUGGCUUUGGGGUACGAUAGGUUCACAGCUGUCCUUGCCAAUGCUCUUGGUUCACAACGUGCUGUUCGUGGUGAUUGAGGGGGCGGCGCUGCCUGGGCCUUCCUGGGAUUACCCCUUCUCGUGCAUGAUCUUCUUCUCGCUGUUGCUGGUGGUGCUCUGUGCCUCCUGGCUGCUGUCCGCCACGAUGCAGCUGCUGUUUCUGGGCCCAGUCUACGAGCUGCUGAGGAGGCCGGUGGCAUGGGCCGAUGAGUAG